AUGUUCGAUGGAUACAAAUUCUUCGGCUACAUGACACCUGAACUCUGCACGCUCCUCCUUGACAUCAGCGAGUUUGGGCUCGUCAAACCCCACUCUAGUACUGAAACCCCCGGUCUUCCAGUUGGCCCGCGCUUCUACAUGAAGUAUCUGUCCGAAAUUUGGUUUGUCCUUUUCGUGCCAGGUUGCAGGGAUGGGAUUACCGGCUACAGCCCAGAAAUACCAGACAUUGAGGACUUGGAUGAAGACGAGGACUCGUAUGAAGAACAGGAAGCCGAGGGGAUUGCACGUGAAAAGGCAUUGGCUGAGGAUUACGACGCGAAGCUUCUCGCCAAAUUACUAACAAAGACGUUGAAGUACUUGAACCUGACAGCGCAGUGGCGAAAAUGUGCAGCUCCUUGGAAAGCAGAAUCAGUCGAAGACGAACUCGAUAAAGCCAAAGUCAACAGCGCCGGGAUUGAGGGUGAAUUCACGGCCGCAGAAGUGAAAGGCACCCUCAAGGAUGAAGUCGUCGUCGAAGAAUCUUCGCGUGUCUGCCGUCCGAGAUUGGGCUUGAGAAACGCAACAAAAUGGUCACCGGUCAUCUCCAAUUCCAAGAGUAUUGCGUGGAGAAGAGGUAGUGUCACAAUUCCAACCUUUUUGAAUCUCAACUUCCUUUCACCUCAAGGCCCCGGCAUUCCUCCUCACUAG